AGGUGCAGUUUUCCGCUCGCAACAACUUUGUGAUUAGUUUGUGUGAUUAGUUUGUUUGUGUGUUGUUUUUGUGUGUUUGGGGUCGGUGUAAAGGGGGAGCCCAGAAAUGGAGGCAGUGCCCCGGAUGCCCAUGAUCUGGUUGGAGCUGAAAGAAGCAGGAGAGUUUCAGUUCAGCUCCAGAGUUUUCCAGUUUAUUAAGAGGAACUAUGGUGAAAAACCAGAGAACUUCAGUGAUGCUCUGGGGAAACUUGAGCAGCUUCGUAAGGCUGUGGUUAAUAUCCCGAGGGACUUUGAGGGCUGUAACACACUGAAAAAGUACCUUGGACAGCUGCACUUCCUGCAGAGUCGCGUCCCGAUGGCAUAUGGACAGGAAGCUGCUUCACCCGUCACAUGGUUUGACAUCUUUUCUGGAAAGCAAGUGACUCAUGAAGACAUUGGCUAUGAACAGGCCUGUGUCCUUUAUAACAUUGGUGCUUUACACUCUUAUCUGGGAUCCAUGGAUAACAGAGUUUCUGAAGAGGGGAUGAAGACAUCCUGUACACAUUUCCAGUCUGCUGCAGGAGCGUUCACACACAUUAGAGAUUAUUACAACUCCAACUACAGUCCUGAUCUGAUCCACCAUGCACUGUCCAUCAACAUUAACCUCAUGCUGGGUCAGGCUCAGGAGUGUCUUCUAGAAAAAACACUGCUGGACAACAAGAAGAGUUUAAUCACUGCACGCAUAUGUGCUCAGGUGAGCGAGUACUACAGGGAGUGUAUCCGAGUGUUGGAGAACUCAGACAGCUUGUCUGGGAAGAAGGAGUGGAGAAAACUGCUCUGUAUGAAGAUCAGCUACUUCAGUGCCAUUAAACACUUCCACAUGGGCAAACACUCUGAGGAGCAGCAGAAAUACGGUGAAGCUGUUGCGUACUUCCAGCUGUCUCUAAGCAGAUUAAACGACGCAAUUAAGCUUGGCAAGGGUCAACCAGAAUCCAUACAUGAAGCUCUGAAGUUCACCAUGGACAUCAUUGGUGGAAAAUUUAACUCUGCGAAGAAGGACAACGAUUUUAUCUACCAUGAACCGGUUCCUAAACUGGAGGCACUGGCUGUGGUGAAAGGUGCUCCUCUGGUAAAGCCGCUCCCUGUCAACCUGACCGACCCCAACACUACUGGUCCUGACCUCUUCUCCAGGCUGGUUCCUCUCGCAGCUCACGAGUCUUCAUCAGUCUACAGUGAAGAGAAGGCCAAACUGCUCCGUGAAGUGAUGGCCAAGAUUGAAGCGAAGAACCGGGUUUUAGAGAGUUUUAUGAACUCGUUGAACUGCGAUGCCGUGGAUCCGGAUGUGUUCAUCUCGGUUCCUUCUGUGUUGCUGGAGAAAUGUGCGGCGCUCAGUGUUCAGCCCGAUGCAGUGAAGAGAUUAGCGCAGGCCAUGCAGGCUUUUUCAAGCGUGUACACUGACGUGGGUUCUAAUCUGGAGGACGUGCGAAGUGCUCUGGAGGAAGCUGAGGCCAGGGAGAAGACUCCUGAACUAACAGAACUCCAGAAUGAGUUCAAGAAAUAUGAGGCAGUCCAUCAAGCUGCCAGCCAAAGCAACACCGAGCUCCACCAAGCUAUGAACCAGCACAUCCCAAACUUGCGUCUGCUGCAGGGACCACUGGAGGAACUGAGGAACAGCCUACCUCGGCCACAACUGAGUCAGGACACGUCGUCUUUGCAGACGAUGCAACGGAUUUGCGCAAAAGUCGAUGAGAUGCGCAAGCAAAGGGUUUUGCUUGAGAAGGAGCUUCGUGACCUCAUUAUGAAAGAUGACAUCACAGAUAUUCUAGUGACCACUGAACGUUCUGAGAGAAAGAUCUUGAUUGAGGAGCACAUGCAGAAAUACGGACCGUUGAAGGGAUACAUUGAUCAGAAUUUAGCAGCGCAGGAUAACAUUAUUAAAGCUUUGACAGAGGCUAAUGUUCUGUGCGCUGCCAUCCGCAAGACCCUCAAUGACACAAAACAACAAUGGAACAGCUCUGUGCAGUCUUUGGUGGCUUCGUAUGAAACAUAUGAGAACCUUGUGAAAAAGGCUGAGGAAGGUAAAAGCUUCUAUCAGGACUUGGAAAAAAAGACAACCAGCCUACUAGAGAAAGUUAAGGUCACAUCUAAGAGCAGAGAAGAAGACAGAACUGCUUUGUUAGAAAGGGGAAAAACAAAAGUAUCUCCUCCAACACCGGCUCCUCGAAAGACGUUGCUUGGCAAUAAAACACCAGGCCCUUCUGUUUCUUCCUGUAGCAAUGGACAGGAUUUACCCCAGGAAUUGCCCACCCUGUCCCCAAAUAUGACCUUAGCCAAAGGUCCACCUGUUGCUAACCCUGUUCCCCGUGGUCCAGCCCCUUUUACUUGGGCCCCAGGUGCAGCCUGUCUACCAUUUUUAAACCAUGGAAUGCCACAGUCGAUACCUACUACACAACUGCAUUAUGGCCAAGUUUUAGGCUCCCCGCACCCGAUGGUGCCUAUGGAGCCUCCUCCAGGUUAUACUGUACCUCAACAAUUCCAGCCUGGUCCACCAAGAGGCAUCACACCAGUUCCGCCACAGAUUAAUUUUCAAAAUGCUUCACAAACACCUCAUCAGGGCUUUAUCCCAGCACCUUUUCCUAUUGUUUCAGGAAAUUAUCCUGCUACAGGACCAGGUCAACACAUACAACCUAAUAUGCCUGAGUCAUCUUCUGCUCAAGUGACUCCAGAAACACAGUACCAAGGUUACCCUCCACUAUCUGGAUAUAAAAUAAGCACUCAAGGACCCAGGGUUGCUUUCUUUGGGCAAACUCAACCAUCCUCCCAUCCUGGACAGUUCCAGCCUCCAGUGCUCCCACAAGGACAGUCUCAGCCAGUUCCAUCUGCUGCAUACUGGCCAGUUCCUGUCUCUCAGGGAAUUGCACUCUCAGAGGGUAAUAUGUAUUUUCAGGGUGGAAUACCUUCUAGCCAAGGCCUUCCAGCCCAAAACCUGUGUGAGCAACCCACUACUCCGUCCAAUCCACUGUUUCCAACAGGAAAUCUCUUUCAGAACCAACAUAUUCCACCUCCAAAUAACCCAAUUACUGUUCCAGUGAUAGACAAUCCAAAUCCCCCUGUACUUGGUGGUAUUCUCACACCUUCCCCAGCUCACACCUUCUCCUCUAAUCAAACCACGAAGCCUCCAUCGGCUGAGAAUUUACUCACUCUCACAGAGCAUAAAGAGGAAGCCCAGCAGAUCAAUCCAUCUCAUGGAGCUGUGAAUCCUGAUCUUAUUCAGGAGAAGAUGGGCAAUCUCAGCAUCACUUCCCAAGGAGAAGUGUAAAUAAAAUAGCAUCAUAUAAUGUCAAGGCAUGAUCAGUCUCUUAACUGAUCAGAUUAGAAUAGUGAAAUAAAGUGGAAUACUACUGGGAAUAAGACCAUAAUCUGUACAUCUAGAACCGAUUACAGUAAGAUAACAGCUGGUGAAAAGCUAAGAGGUCCUCAGACAGACCUUCUGCACAUUAUAUAAAGUUCUAAUAUAUAUAUAUUAUAUUUACAUUAUACAAGAGAUAUAAUCAUUAUUAACUGUAUAACAUGCAAGAAUUAAUACACUACACUCUUCCUUAUGAUAUCCUUAUGCAGAACUCUAAAUAAUACAUUGGGAUGAAAUGUUCUGAAACUAAGUUUACUUUCUGAUGAUCUUUAAAUAUCACAUUGAACACUUGCGGGAGAGUUUAGUUUCUGUGCUGUGAUAAAAUGAUCUCUUAUUCCUGAGUUUAUAGAAUGACUCUGAUCAGCCAUAACAUUAAAACUCUGUCUAAUACAUAGAAGCUGUGGGUGGUGUUCAGGAGUUAGCAUGGGCUCUCUGACUGCUCUGCAUCAAUUCUUUUUAUUUUUUUUUUAGCAUUUUGUUCUACAGUAGCUCCACUGUACGAUCGGACCAGACAAGCCUUCAGUCCUUGUAUGCAUUAAUAAGCCAUUUGACCCAUGUUCUCCUUACUUGGAGCACUUUUUUUUUUUUUUAUACUCAUCCUUGCACUUCAGGAUAAACCCCACAACACUACUGUUCUGAAGAUGCUCUGCCCCAGACAUCAAAAUUUUUUUGUCGAAGUCACUCAUUCUUAUAGUCGCCCAUUUUUUCCUGCUUCCCGCAACUCAACUAACCGACACUUUAACGAGAUAGAGAUAUUCAGUGGUUUUUAUGUUCUGGCUGAUUCCUGAUAAUUGUUUGUGGUGCAGAAAUGAAGCUGGUGUGGGUUUAUUCAGCAUUAAUAAGGAAACACAGUCUAAAUGUUCCUGUCUCUUUAUUUUCUCUCCAUUUUUUUUUUUUGUUCGUGGGUUUUGUUUUCUAAUAAAGUUUGACGGUGUUUA